AUGAAAUUAUUUAAGGCUUUUUGUUAAGGGAAAUCCAUUCUUUUAAAGGAUACAGAAAAGUUGACAAAAUACUUCGAUCUUUGCCUAAAGACACCUAUUACCUAUAAUGGAAUCAAAUAAUCUAUCGGGUAUCAAUAAAUCAUGGUUGCACAAUUCAAUUCUAAGGAGUUUAAUAAAGGAAUAUUCCCUUAAUUUAUCAGUUUAAUCGGAAGAGAUUUUAAAGAAUUAGACCAAUAGGAGUUUAACCAAUUUAUACAAUCUCUUAGUUGCUAUGUGGAAAGUGCUCUAAAUAAAAAUGUGUAUGAUAAAUAAAUCUUGGAAAAUGUAUUAAACUAAAUAGGUUUGAAUGCAACUUAUAUAUAAAAAAGCUAAUUCUACAUAACUACAUUGUCGAAUUCUGGGUUUCUUAAGGUUUUACAUUAAAGUAUAGAAGCAUCCAUUAAAUUCUAAAAUGAGUUGUUCAAAUAAGCACCCUAAACAGCAGAAGAAUUUCUUUGGAGACUGUUUAUAGUGAUACAGCAAUUAUAAUGGAGAAAAAAAGAAUAGGGGCAUAAAGAAAUCUUUUAAAAUGUAGAACAUUAAAUAAUGGAAAGUUUUAUUAAUUAAAUUGAAAAAAUUGAAACUAUUUAACCGAAAUUAACAAACAUUUUGAGUAGAUUCAUGUUGUUAAAAUAUUAUAUGAUGUUAAAGCACUAAUAUCCAUAAUUUGAAGAUAAAAGGAUUCAAAAAUAUUUAUUUUCUAAUUAUUUAAAUUCCCACAAUUACAUUUUGGAAAAUCUAUCAUCCUUAAAUUCAUUUGAAUUUCUUUAAUAUAUUGACAUAUUUUCAAAAAGUAAGGACCUGACUGCAAAAUGGGAUCUCAUAUUGAAUGAAAUCAACUCUAGAAAUUUGAACGAAAUGCCAAUAUAUGAUGUAGUAUCUUUAACAGUAAAUAUAAUGGAUAAUAAAAAAAUGACACCUUAAAUAGGAAAUCGAUUAAUUUAACAUUUAUAUGAGAAUGCGGAUUCUAUAAAUCCUUAAAGUUACGCAGAAUUGUUUAAGGCCCUUCAUUAUAUGAAUAUAAAUUAGGGUCUAAAAGAAUAAUUUUUGACUAAAAUACAAUAGAAAGUUGUACCAAAAGAUUUGCCAUUACACCAUGUAUCUAUAAUUCUUUUUGUGCUUAAAAGUUUUAAAAAAAUAGAUCAAAAUAUAAUAGAGAAGUAUUUGGUAGGAAUUCAAAACAGAAUUAAGGAUAUAGACAAUUACUCUGCUAUGGGAAUUUUAGCUGCUCUCAAUAGUGUGUCUCAGAAAAAUCCCCUGAUAUUUGCCUAAAUUCAAACGCUUAAAUUAAAUGAAUAGUAGGAUUAACUAUUACUAGUUGAGAUCUUAAGGUAUAUAUAACUGCAUGAUCCAUAAAAUGAGAUGUCUAUUAAAGUACAGGAGGCAUUUGUAAAGCAUUUUAAUAAGGAAGCCAAUAUAGUAUCGAUUCUUUAGAUUCUUGAGAUUCUAAGAUAAUUUGAUCAAAAAACUCAAAAAAAAAUUACAUUAAUACCGGAACUUAAAAAACAUAUAAAAAGAGGAGUAGAGGAAUUUACAGGUUUCAUUUCUGCUAAAAAAAAUGAUAAUGAAUAAAUGGAGUUUUUGAGAAAGAAUUAUCAGAUUGAUGUAUGA